AUGUUUACUGCCAUUAAGUUUGUGGCCCCAUAUGCCAGUACAGUGGCCAGCUUUGUCAAGCCGAUGCUCAUACCUGAUCAGGUGAUGGUCGAGCUUAACAAGAUAAUUGACAAGUUAUUCGAUCUUGAUAAAAAGUUAGAUAAAAUAGUUAGUGAGAUAAAGGAAGAGUUUAAAUUAAGCGAGUAUAACGCUUAUUUGAACAAAUUGCAUAAUAUUCAGGCCCUCUACACUCGCUUUAUUAAUAUGCCGAACACAGUUACAUUGGACGCCUUAAAUGAGCAAGGUAAGAGAAAUGAGAUGUUUCAAUAUCUCAAUUGGCUCCACAGAGAGGUGACGGGUCAGAGCCUGAACCCGAUUAUCGAUAUUAUUAAAGGCGAUGAUGAUUAUCCUAAGUUUAUCAAAUGGACACAAUUGAUCCUAUCACAUUAUGCGCAAGCUAUGCUACUUCACGGCAUUUGCGUUCAAUUGCGACCUAAUGUUACCAAGAACGUGUUGGAUCAGACUCUGACAAACGACACGGGUCUAUUUGAAAAAAAUUUGCAUAAGCAGGGAAUGGCCACCGUUACGUACGAUUAUUUGAGCGGUAAAUACCCGUUCCGGGAGUGGCUUGUUUGUAUCUUAGAUCCUCAUUGGGUUCACCACCGCGACGCAUUUUUCUAUGCUAAUUAUGAAGACGAUCAAGCUAUUCUCCUAAUUGUGUGUGACAAGGAUGGAAAAAGGAUCGCGAUGAGCACUGAAAAAUACGACGACAUUUGGAAUCAUUAA